UGAAUGAAUCAUUGAAUCCCCUACCUUCCAUACCAAGCAAAGCUUAUUUCCUAUAUAUAUAUAACGCAAUAUUGAAAGCACCCACCCCUCUCCUCCGUACGCCUUGUCGUCCAACGCUUCAAUAUCUUGAUUGAAAAUUCUCAGAGUAUCUUUCGGUGUCGUUUUCAAUUCAUUUAAUUUGAUGGGUUUUUUCUCGAACCACUUUCCUAGCUAACUAACGCAAUUUAUUCUCCAUUUCUCCCUUUCUUGCUUUUCUUCCAUCAAACGCAUUGUUUUGGUGCUUCAAAAUCCAACACCUCUCAUUUUCUCUUCAUAUUCUUUUCUCCAAUCGUUGACGAUGGGGAAUUGCGUCGCGCAGUCGAAGAAAUCGGCGGCCGAGAUCGUGCCGCACGACAGCGUCAAAGUCGUCUGCCCCACCGUCCAAUUGUACGGGUCACCUACCAGCACUCUCACCGCCUACAUCCGAUUCGCGCUCCUCCACAAGGCCGUCUCGGUCCGGUUCGUCCCCUCCGAGACGCCGGCCCUCCAGGUGGGGUCCGAGACCGUGUCGGGCUCUCGCGAGACGCUGCUCCGGUACAUAGACGCCCGGUUCCCGCACCCGCCUCUGAUAAUGCAAGGCUACCACGAGGAAACGACGCCGUUGAUAGUGAGGGUGGUGGGGCUGCAGCACAAGAGCAUGACGUGGCACAUUGAGAGGCUGGUGAGGUGGGCGGAGGAUCUGGCGGCACGUGGAGGGAAAGGGAGCGUUGAUCCGAGCGUGGGGAGCCCACGUAUGGAGAUGAGGAAGUUCGGGAGGAGCUACUCGGAGCUGCUGGAGCUGAUGCUGGAGCACGCUCAGAUGGAGGAGAGGGUUGUCUUCCCGAUCUUGGAUAGGGCUGAUCGAGGGCUAUGUAAAGCUGCAAACGAGGAACAUGCUAGAGACCUACCCAUCAUGAAUGGCGUCAAAGAAGACAUAAAAUCUACUGGAGUAUUGGAAUCGGGGAGCCCAAUCUACCAAGAGGCUCUCUUCAACCUUUCUACUCGGCUGAAAUCAUUGCAGGAGCGUUGUAAACAGCACUUUGUAGAGGAGGACAGAGAUUUACUACCCUUGAUGGAGGCGGUGGAGCUGAGCAAAGAGCAACAGAAGAGGGUAGUGGAGCAGUGUUUGGAUGUGAUGCAAGGAACUCACUCAUAUUUGUUCAACUUUCUUCUUGAGGGCCUCCUCCCUCGCGAAGCCAUGCAGUACUUGGACUUGAUCACCAGCUGCGGCGACAAAGAACAAACGGCCUCCGUGCUAAGAUUGACUGUCGACUAGGAUCUAAGAUUGGACUCCGAAGAUUUAGAUGCAGGGAUGAGCUGCUGGAUACAUCAUGUUCACAGAAAGUAGAAACAGUGAGCGUUCUCUUGUUGUCAUUUCUUUCCCAGUUUGAACAAAUAAAUUGUAUAGAUUUGUGAUUGCAUAGCCUGUGGGUAUUGUACUUAAGUAAACAGGACAGUGGAAAGGUUAGACGGAUUUAGGAUGGUUGGACAAGCAGUGGUCUUCUUGACUGGGAGAGAGGUGUCAAAGAAUAUGUUUUAAACAUGAACUUGUACAAAAGUGUACUUGAAUUGGAUAGAAUACAGAUACUUUUGAGAGUUGAUGGAUAAAAAUAAAGGUGGGAGUGACUGCUUGCUGUUUUUGUAGAA